AUGCGUCCAUCCCAAAUCCUCUCCUAUGCCACUCUGGCAGGCGUGAGUGUAGCCCAGGGCGAUCUUGGUGCUCUUCUGGCUUCACAACCCGAUCUUAGCACUCUUCUUGAGCUGGUCGGCCUUGUAGAUGGUCUAGCUGACACUCUCUCCGCUGCCUCCAACAUUACCAUCUUCGCGCCUACAAACGAUGCGUUCGCAGCCGUACCACGCGAUGUGCCCGAGGGCCAGGCCAUUGAGAACAAGAACGACACUAUUGCCAUUGGUGCCCUGCUCGCCAACCACGUCUUCAAGGGCGUAUAUCCCGCCAGCGUCAUUACUGAUAUCCCAACAUUUGCACAAACCCUCUUGGACAGUUCGUACGUAAACGGAAUCCAACCCUUUUCCAACUUCACUGGAGGAGCAUACAACGAGCUUGUCAAGAACGGAGAAGAUGUCUGUGUCAUCUCUGGAGAACAAACCAUCUCCACUGUUACUGAAGCCGACAUCAUGCUAGGCGAAGGCAUCACCAUCCACAAAGUCAAUACAGUCUUGUCCUUUGGCGCACCUUUCCAACUCUUCACUUAUCGCUCGGGCUACUUUGCCAUGAACGCCGCCCUUGAAGCCGCCCAGCUCGCCAUCGACUUUGGCCUCUCCGGCCCUGAAGCCACCGGUCUUAACACCUCCGAUUUUACUAUUUUCGUACCUACCAACGAGGCCUUUGAGUCCAUAGGUUCCGUGCUCAAGUCUGCGGACCAGGCAACCCUGCAGGAAGUACUCAAGUACCACAUUAUUCCUAGCAAUGUCAUCUUCUCAACUGCGCUGGGUAAUGUUACGGUCAAAAGUCUCCAGGGUGCGGAUUUGGUCUUCACAGUUCUUGAGGAUGGGAGUGCGUGGGUCAACGGUGCGAAGAUUGUUUAUGCAAACACUAUCCUUUUCAACGGUGUUGCGCAUGUAAUCGACAGUGUUCUAAGCCCUUUUGCUCCCUUCGACCGCGCAUCUCUCGAGCCCUCUGCACCAGCAGCCGAUCGUGUCGCUUUCGAAGGCGCAACUUCCGUCUCUGAGCUCCCAUUCUCUAGCGUUUCUCUCGCUUUCGGAGGCGACCUCAUGACUUACACGACUACACCAGAGCUCCUAAUAACCGUUGCUGCCGUUGCUACGCCUACAGCCGGCGUCAACGCUACGACUACAGACUCACCCAUGUCAACCUACACUGGAGGUGCGAUGGGAAUGCUGCCUGGUGCUGGUAUGGCUGUCGCUGGAGCCAUCGGCAUUGCUGCUGCUCUUGUUUAG